UUGGAGAGAGGGGAGGUGUUGAAUGUAAUGCGGUUUAAUUGUACAGAAAGCGUUAAAAAUAGACUUUGCAUUUGAUAAAUAAGCGCCAGGUCUCUUAAAUGUAACCUUAUAUAAAUAGCAACACUUAAACGUCUGCUUAAAGUGGAGAUCUAACAUUUAUAGUAGGUUAACUAGCAACAUAGUAACGCUAGCUGGACUUGUAGUGUAACAAAAGUUAAACCGGUCACAAAAGACGCACUUGGUAUGGAAUUAUUCCGUCGAUUGUAGAGGGAAUUUGGAUUUUGAAAUAAAACAAGGCCCUAGUGCCUCAGUGUUCGGUAAACAGCGGAAUCCAAAAAAUCUGGGUGUCAGUAGAUAAGUCUUUUGUGAUUGAAGCUCACCAUUGUAAAAGGGGUUUAGCUUACAACCCUGGCUCGGACCUAAGACGUUCAGACUACAGUGGAUAUCGGAAACAUUUUGUAACCAAAAUUAUAUAACGUUAGCCACGGCGGAAUGUAAUCACGAUUCGUAUCAAUCUAUUGAUUUUGCUACAUUGCCAGCUAUAGUCGUAGAACGGAGAAGGUUCAUUAUCAAGAUGUGUGGGUUUAUUGUAGGAGAUGAACCCGUACAGAGGAAGUGAGUCAAUACAAGUAGUCUGGUAUCAAGCUAGCUAGGUAUAGUUAAAAAACGAAAGUGCCUCUGUAGGUUUAAAGCGCAGGGAGAAGAUAUAUUUUCCCCUCGGAAUCCAUUUGGCUGCUAUUUCCGCACAUACAGAACUUGCCAAGGCGAGCAGUCUUAUGUAUGGCCAGCUAGCUAGCUAGUUGAAUUUCACCUUAGCUGGCUUGCUAGCCAGUUCCCACACCCGAAUGCCGCUAAGUGUUUCAGUUGCCAUAUAGCUAGCUAGCUAGCUACAUUCCCCAGUCUCCUCAAAAUGUCGACCAUCCCAAACGAAGCCGUGUUCUUGAUAAAAGAUGUAAAGCCUGGACUGAAAAAUUUAAAUAUCAUCUUUAUUGUUUUGGAAAUCGGUCGGGUGACCAAGACAAAGGAUGGCCAUGAGGUGAGGUCCUGUAAAGUGGCCGACAAGAGCGGAAGCAUCACCAUCUCUGUCUGGGACGAGCUGGGCAGCCUCAUCCAACCUGGCGACAUCAUCCGUCUUACGAGAGGCUACGCUUCCAUCUGGAAAGGCUGUCUGACUCUCUACACUGGAAGAGGAGGAGACCUGCAGAAGAUUGGAGAGUUCUGCAUGGUCUACUCCGAGGUGCCCAACUUCAGUGAGCCAAACCCAGAAUUGCUGGCCCAGGCCAACCUCCAGAACAAGACGGCCAAAGCUGAGCAGCCCGGUAACUUCCCACCCAAUCAGAAUUCAGGUACUGCUGCACAGACAGGAAAUGGUUCUCUGCAGAACUUCUCCACCAAUAGUUCCUCCCCGGCCCCCCGAGACCCCAAUUUCGGGGGUUUGGGCCGGGCCAAUGGGCGCGUCCCAGGGAACGGCGCCUCCAUCGUCCCUUCAGGGGGCCCCACUGCCAACCCAAAACCCUCUGUCACCAUCAGCAAUGGCCGGGAUCCAAGGCGUGCAUCCAAGAGAUGAGACGGAGGCCGACACCCUCACCCCCACACCCAUCUGCCCCCUACAGGGAAACGCACAGAUCCACCCCCUCACCUGAGUGCCAGCGACGCCAACCCUUACACCCCCAACCCCCUCUCUCCUACCCUCCCCAGCCCAACUCAAUCCGACUGAUCCCAUUUGCUAAAACUAUACACCCUACUUGAACACUUAAUGCACUUUCUACUCUUUAAUUUAUAAUGACCUUAAGAGUAAGUCAUUGCUGUAAUUUUCUUCAGGAAUGUUUGUUUUGCUUUUUGUUUCGUUAUUCGAAAGGCUUAAGCUGGUGAACUUUGUUUUGAUUUAGAGAAGUUACAAACAUGCUGCUUCGUUUUAGUUUUUUUUUUUUUUUUUUUUUUCCCCCCACCUCUCAUCCGUUCCUCGCUACCCCCUCUUGACCAAAACAUGCCAGAAUUGAGUGUGUGAAAAGGAAAGGCAAUAGUUUGGAUUUCUACAUUUAGGCUAGGCUAACUCCAGUAGUAUGAACUAAUAAAAAUGUAAACCCCCCA